CAAAUUUAUCUAUGACAUUGAAACAUAUAAAACUACCGUUUCUUUCCCGUAUAAUUUAUCACCAGGAAUGUACACUUUGAAUAUGAAGUUUUCCGGGCUUGUAGCUGAAGAUGGAGGAUUUAAAAUGUACAUGAAUAAACAAAAUGAUAAAAUAUGGUUGGCUGCAACGCAUUAUUAUAAAUUUACGACUCGAAAAUUGCUUCCACUUUUGAAGAACACUACACAUGCUAGUUAUAACAUUUCUAUAAAGCAUCCUAAAAGUUACACAGUUAUAUCAAAUGAGGCCGUGCAAGAAGUAAAUGUGGAUGAAAAUAAUAUGCAAUGGACACGCUUUAGUAUUACUCCCGUGAUUCCUAUUUAUUUCAUAGCAGCUGGUGUAGUCCAUGUCGCCUCUAUUUCAGAAACAAAUCACACAGUCAAAUUGUGGUGCAGAACAGACACGUUAUCGCAUAUGCAAUUUGCGUACACAGUUGCUAAAAAUAUUUCGCUGUUCUCAGAAACAAAAUUGCCAUACAUAAAAAAAACUGCAAAAGCAAAUCAUAUCGCGAUUCCGAAGUCAUUAGAGGAGGAAAAUAUAAUAUUGGGAUUCGUUCUUUAUAUAGAAGAAGAUAUUAUCUAUAACGAAAAAAUAGAUUCUGAGAUACGAAAAAUUGAAAUAAUACAAGUAAUAACACAUAAGAUGGUGCACGAAUGGUUUUAUAAUGCAAUCGAUCCAUAUAAGUGGGAAUCUUGGUUAAGCAAAACUUUUGUUACGAUUUUUCCAAUUUACGCCGCCGAUAAGAUAUUCCCGGAUCUUCGGAUACAAGAUUUCUUUGUGGUUCAAAUGCAACAUGAUUUUCUUCAUUGGAGUACUAAGGAUACAUGGCCGUUCACAAUCGAAUCAGAAUUCAACAGAUCUUUUGAAAUUCCUAUUUACAUUAAAGCAAUCAUUAUGUUCCACACAUUGCAAGCUACAUUCACCGAAAAAAUGUUCCGGAAUGGUAUCGAAAUAUAUUUAAAUAAGAACUAUACAAGCAGUAGUGAUUUCUGGAAUGGUAUACAACCUAUCAUGGAUAAAUCAUCUUUCGAAUUUAAAUACAAUUUAAAAGACAGGAUAACAAGUUGGACACUAUUAAAUCGUUAUCCUGUGAUAAAUAUGAAAAGAAAUUAUACUACUAGCCGCUUGAAUAUAUCAAUAGAAAAUUUUGAUAUAAAUAUGCCGAUUUUUGGGAACAUUAUUACGGAAUCCAAUUUGAAGGGAUUUUAUCCUGCAAUAUUGCUAACACCACAGGUUUCGAAUCAUAUAUUAACUAUAGAUUUCAUAGACGAGAAUGACUGGAUAUUGCUCAAUUUACAACAAAGUGGAUGCUAUCGCAUCAAUUAUGAUGCCGAGAAUUGGAAAAGAUUUGCGAGAUACCUGCACACUAAUUCCUUCGGAAAAAUACAUGUAAUCGAUCGUGCUAAACUCAUCGACGACGCAUUUCACUUUGUGAUGACAGGCCAAUUACAACGUGAUAUAUUCUUCAAUAUUUCACACUACAUGUGGAAACAAACAGAUUAUAUCGCAUGGUAUCCUAUGUUCAAAAGCUUGGAAUGUAUAUCGGGUUUCUUUGCAUUUCCAGAAAGUCUACCUAUAAAAAAACAAAUAGAGCAACCAUUGAAUAAUAUUUUAUGGAAACUAAAAUAUCCCAAGUUUGAACCAGAUAUAAUCAAUCGGGGGAGCAUUUUCACUGAAUGUUUGAGAGAAGAGGCUGCAAGAUGGUUAUGUACCUUAGAUCAUGAUUAUUGCUUACCAAAUGCAAAAAAUGAAUUAGAAUGGUAUCUCCACAAUAGUGACAGAUCUUCAUCAUACAAACUUUGGCCGGGAUGGAAAGAAUGGACAUUCUGUAAAGGUUUGAUGACAGCAAGAAACAAAACUUGGAUGGAACAAGGAAAGGAUAACUCUAUCCUCGCUUAUGAAAGGAAUACUCUAUCCUCGCAACAUCAGAUGGAUAUGGAGAGUAUAAUAAUGUAUGUAAACCACAAGUUAGAAUUACGUUGGCAUCAAAUAAAGACUCAACUGUACGAAUAUCGAUAUCUUAUACAAGAUUGA